AUGUCUUUUGAUGUAACUUGGAGUAUAGAAAAAUACAGAGAUGAUCAUGAAAGUGAAGAACAUUGGGAACUACGAAAAGCCUUUAUGGAGCGUUGGAAGCAUGAUUUUCCAGAAGAAAGACUGGUUUGUUUGGCUAGGGUCUUUGCGAACAUUGAGUUUAUGGGAUGUAGAUACCCAGUACAGCUUAUGCAAGAAGUUUCGAGGCUUUCAAAAGACGUAGCUAUAGAUUACAGGACAUUGAAAAAGAACAAAUUACAAAGAACAUUUGUAUCAGCAUCUACAGCUGCAGAAGACCGUGCUAAAGGAGUAAAAAGAGAAGGAGGAGUACUAAUAGAUAGUCCACCGCAUAAAACUAGUAAAAUUAAUUUUGUUCCACAAGGACAAAUUGAAUCCAAAGAAUCUGAAAUUGUUGAUGAUGACAUACAGAUAGUAAAUGAAACUGACACUAAUAAAUCAAAUUUACCUACAGACAAGAAAUGCUCAGAAAUAGUUGAUGUAAAUGACUAUUUAAAAGAAAUGGCAGAAGUUAAAUGUCUAAAUAUUACAAGAUUUAAUGAAGGAAUGUUUGAGACAGCUUUUGGUAAAAUGGUAUUAUUAAUAAGACCUUGGACGAACAAAAUCUCAAACAUUCAAGCAAGUUGUAGUGUAUGUCAUGUGCCAGUGCUUAGCAAAUAUGAAAAUAAUUGUUUUACAUUUUUUAUGAAUGGAAAGCUUGUGGCAAAAGCCACUGGUACAAGCAAAGCUGAAGCCAGAAGCAUUGUAGAGACAAUAGCUUGGAAUAAAUUGCGAGAGGAAGUUGUAACUGUCUUAGUUAAGGAACAAUGGAUAGCACACGGCGAGCGAAUCUCAUUGAGUGAUGUGGCUGGACGCAAACAAAGUGAAGCUAUCUUUGGCACACCCAUUUCAAACAGCAUUGCUACAAAAAUGAUGCAAAUGAUGGGAUGGAAGGGUGGUGGCUUAGGAGUGGAUGCGCAGGGUAUCGCUGAACCAAUUAAACCUAAUUUACAAAUGGUAAAUCGAGCUGGCCUGGGCAGUGAUACUACUGAUGUUGGGCAACUAAGGCGAGCUGCACAAGAGCUAAUGCGUCGAUACAUCGCGUCUGAUACAUUCGACCUUGAUUUAGUAUUUAGCAGUGACUUCAGUAAGGAAGAGCGUGCCAUCUUACAUCAGUGUGCUCAGAAAUUGGGAUUGGCGUCGAAAAGUUACGGAAACAAAGAUAUAGACAGAUUUUUGGUAGUGAGGAAGAAAUUGGACCCAUUCUCUCUGGUGCGGGCAGUGGUGCAGAAAGGUGGUGUUACUCCAAAAUAUCAAGUAUAUUUACCGAUUGGUCUUGAUAGACGAAGACGAAGAUGA